GUGAUUGCUCGUGGUUCAGUACUGUUAACGCAAGAGAUGUCGGUGAAUGGUGAUUUGGCAACUAUUACAUUCGCAGCAACCCCACAAAUGGCACCCAAAUCACGGCUCGUCGUCUACACUAUUCGACCAUCAAAUCUGGAAAUCCUCGUUGAUGCAACCGAUUUCCGGGUGGACGGCCUAUUCCGCAACAAUGUUAGUUCUUGCGUGUUUUAA